UAGCCAAUAUUUUGGAACUAAUUAGUAAUUAGUUAACUAAUUAACCACAAGCUUAACAGAAAAGUUGCAAUAAUUCUUACAACAAUUGAAUCAACCCCAAAACUCCGUUGUGUCUUCUCUACCAUCUCUUUCUCUCUAUUUUCAGACAAUUAGGGUUGGAAUUAAGCCAGACUCUCUUCAUCCCUGUCUUCAGUUUUGUUUGUAACUUACAGCACAAGUAACACCUUAACCGAAAAACGAAACAACCCAAGUUAUAUAGAAAUGGCGGAUUUUCUUCGGUCAAAUUCAAUCAAGCGUCAUUUGCUUGCAAAACCAACAUCAGAGUCGGUGACGACGGUCUCUCCACGGCCCUUAGUCGCAAACAUCUCAGUUAAUCCGGAUUCGAACAUAACCAUGAGCAUCACAAGCCCUCCUUCCACGAAGCACUCAUCGCCGACGAAGCCAGGGCCAAAGGUCCCUUCACUUUCAAUCUUGUUCUCCAAAAGAAAAUCCAUGGCCUUCACUUAUGUAUUCACGUUUGCCUUCAUUGCCUGCACUUUCUUUUUGGUUUUCAACCCGUCACGCCAAAUGGCCCUCUUCCUCUUCGUUUCAAGAACCUCCUCCAUGCCUCCUUCUACUCCUCUUCUCAAAACCCUAAUGCACACCUGGAGCUUUCCCGGAGAGACCCCUUUUCUGGAAAACCGAAUUUUUCGCCGCGGUUUGAUGAGAAUGCAAGGUUGAAGGAUGAUAAGGUGGAUAAUCAAGAGAUUGGUUUCUCUCAACUUCCGGAGAAAAACGAAAGCUUGAAGAGAGAUAACAAUGCUCAGUCAUCCAACCCCAUUCUUUCAUCGUCCAAUAACACAGAAAUCGAAGUUUCUGGGAAAAUGGAGGGUUCCAAGGGAAGAAACGAGACCAAGAAGCACACACAUUCACAUUCUUCUUCUUCGAAAGAUUCAAAUGGCAAACGUGGCUCGAAGAAGAAAAGUGAUCAUAAAAAGGUGUCAUCUAAGAAGCAAGGGAAACAGAGUGAGUUGAAGUCCAAGCUGAUGAAUGGCUGUGACAUAUUUGAUGGAAGAUGGGUGAGAGAUAACUCAUACCCGCUUUAUGCUCCAGGGUCUUGUCCUUGGAUCGAUGAGCCUUUCGAUUGUUUUCUAAAUGGAAGGCCGGACAAUGGCUACGAGAGGUAUAGAUGGCAACCAAAACGUUGCAAUAUCCCAAGGUUGAAUGGUAAGAAGAUGUUGAGAUUGUUGACAGGGAAGCGUCUAGUUUUUGUUGGCGAUUCUCUCAACAGGAAUAUGUGGGAGUCUUUGCUAUGUAUUCUUAGGAACUCAGUGGAUAAUAAGAACAAAGUUUAUGAAGUUUCUGGUAGGCAAGAAUUUCGCACAGAAGGCUCUUACUCUUUUAUUUUCGAGGAGUAUAAUUGUUCCGUGGAGUUCUUUCAAUCCCGGUUCCUAGUUCAAGAAUGGGAGAUGCCAGAACCAAGUGGAUCAAAGAAGGAAACGCUUCGCAUUGAUUUGAUUGAGAGAUCAUCCAACAACUACAAAAAUGCAGAUGUUCUCAUCUUCAACACAGGUCACUGGUGGACUCAUGAGAAAACUUUAAGCGGGAAGGGUUACUAUCAAGAGGGUUCCCAUAUCUACGGUGAAUUGGAUGUUGAUGAUGCAUUUCGCAAAGCUUUAUCGACAUGGGCUAGAUGGAUUGACACCAAUGUAAAUCCUAAGAAAACCGCUGUUUUCUUCCGGGGCUAUUCACCUUCUCACUUUAGAGGUGGAGAAUGGAAUUCUGGAGGGCAUUGCCAUGGUGAAACUAAGCCAACUACAAGCUUGGAAUCCACGGAAUAUGGAGGAGAAUAUCCAACGAACAUGAAGAUCCUAGACUCGGUACUCAAGGGGAUGAAGACGCCAGUCAACUAUCUGAACAUUACAACAAUGACUGAUUUUCGGAAGGAUGCUCAUCCAUCGAUUUACAGAAAGCCGAAUUUAACUGAGGAGGAGCGAAAACCGCCUAUGAUCCAGGAUUGCAGUCACUGGUGCCUCCCUGGCGUUCCUGAUACAUGGAACGAGCUUAUAUAUGCUCAACUCCUCAAACGUAACCAGAAACAACAUAGAGAGAAGAAACAGAAAAACCAGAGGACAACUUCUUAGAACUGGAGAAAAAAAUAAUGUAGUAUACGUUUUUUUUUUUUGUUGGAAAGCUCACCAUAUGGAGAAUAUCGAACAGGUAUUCUUGAUUGUAUAGAUAGAAACGAAGGAUAAGGCAAAAGUUGUAGUUAGGCAAAGAGGUGGGGCAAUGUGCUUUAGUGAUCAAUUGUGUUUUCAGAUAGAGCUGGUGAGAGAAACAGGAUUUAGCCCUUAUGGCAUCUCUGGGGGAAUUGAAGGAGAAGCUUGGAAAAAUGGUGACCCGAAACAGUGAGUGCUGGUGAUCUUGGUGGUCGCAGAAGCUGGUUUUGGUGCUGAUAAGGUCAUGAUUAUAAAAUGCCAGUCUAAUACCGGUUUAACGCCACAAUGUGCAGUUGUGGUUGCAAUUAUAAGGGCCUUAAAAUGCCUGUAAGACUGAGAAUAUGUCUCUGGUUGAAGCUGGUUGUGCGAAUUUGGCCAGGCGAAAUUCAAACACGAAAGCCUAUGGUGUGAAUGUCAUUACUGUGAUCAGGUUUUGGAGUGAUUGUGAAGCAGAACAAAAUGCAGUUAGAAAUGCAGCACUGGCAGCUGGGGCAUAUGAGCAGUUUAUGCACUCAUCAUGCACAUUGUGGAAAAAGAGCGGCUAGUCACUUCAUCCCAUUCGUCUUAUAAUUGGCGAAAGGAAUUUGGGCGUCAGUUUCUUGUGUCCGAAAAAAUGAUUCAUCGAAAUAAUGAGUCACAAGUGAUCAUCGACAAAUUUGAGAUCGCCAAACUUUUAAUCCCAGUUUUAUACCGUGGUUGGAACAGCAAGCACAAUGUCUGAUGCAUUUGGCUAUCGGUCUUGCUUGAAGGUCGAUGCAUUUGGCUCUCCAUAUGCUCACUGCGGCAACAUUUUCCGAAGUUCAUUGAACGAAAGUCGGCCACCAUCUCUUCCCCUUACAAUUUACAGUUCUGAAAAAAACUUUUAAGGUCACUUUUUAAGCUUGUAAUAUACAAUGCUGUAAAUUUUUUACAACAUUAUAAUUUCCUCCUUCAAGCAUUGACUCCACUCUGCAAUC